CACCUAUCAGUCAGCCUAAUUUAACCCCUCUCUCUCAUGCACAACAUCCCAGAGUUCUCUCUGCUCCAGUUUGACAAGGAGAACUGGAAUGCACACAAAUCACAUGAAGGACACAAACAAUAACUUCAACAACUCUCUCCUUUAUGACCAAAAGGAGAAGCUUUUCCAGGCAAUUAAAAAGAUUAGAAAUGAAAUUGAUGAAUGUUAUGAUGCGGAGAAUGACACCUUUGUGGAAGCACUGGCGGUUGAGAACAGAUUUGAAGAGAUAGAACGUGAAAUCCGAGCAGAGUUUCAGAACCUCCAUCGCUUUCUAUAUGAGGAAGAGGAGAUGGACCUGGAACGACUGAGGAAAGAAAGGGAUCGUCGAGUGAAGAUCUUAAAAGACAGAGAGAAGAAGAUUGCAAUGCAGGGCAGAGAUCUAGAGAGAGCCAUCGAGACUAUAAACUGCAAGCUGAGGGAAGAUGACAGUCCAAAACUUCUCAAGGAAAUCAAAGAGCUUCUGAAAAGAUGUGAAGUCAAUUUUAUCCGGCCUGCCCCAAUAGACAGUGAAAUCUGCAGUGGUCAGUUUGUUGGGCCCAUUCAGUACAGGAUCUGGAAGCACAUGAAAAAAUCCCUUUACCCAAACAUAUCUACGCUGACUUUUGACCCUGAAACGGCACAUCCCCUGUUGACUCUGUCUCCUGAAAGAACAUCUGUGAUUUUUGAGGAGGACAAGGAGGUGCCUACGGAGAACCCGGAUGAAAGAAACCCAAAACGCUUUCAUUACUACUACUGCGUAAUGGGCUCCGAAAGCUUCACACAUGGACGUCAUUACUGGGAGGUGGAGGUGAAAGGCAAAUCUGCCUGGCGAGUGGGUGUGGCCAAAGCAGACGUACAGCGUGGGGAGAUGGACUCCACUACCACGUUGAACGGAAUGUGGACGUUGUCCCUCAAAAAUGGCUCGAUCACGGCCUGCACCCAUCCCAAGCCCACGCAGGUGCGCUCGUCCGCACAUCUCGUACGCAUCGGCAUCUUUCUGGACUGUGAUAAAGAGGAGGUGUCUUUCUACAAUGCUGUGACCAUGGCGCCACUCUUCUCCUUCUUCAUGGGAACUGUUUUAGUGCCGAUCUAUCCGUUCUACAACCCAUGCGACAACGAUGAAGGGAAGAAUUGUGCACCUCUUUCUAUCUUUUAUCCAUCACUCUGAGAAG